AUGGCCGACACACUCCGGGAAAUCACCAUCAAGGAGGUUGCCGAACACACAGCCAAGUCCGACGGAUGGAUGGUCAUCCACGGCAAGGUGUACAAUGUGACCGAUUACAUUGUGGACCACCCGGGAGGUGUCGACGUGCUGGUCGAUGUCCUCGGAAAAGAUGCCACUGAAGAAUACGACAACGCUGGCCACUCAGAAGACGCCAGCGAGAUCAUGGCCGAGUUCUGCGUCGGCAUGCUCAAGAAGACGGAAUCCCAGAAGCCUAAGCCCAAAGCUGUCCGUCUUGUUGCGAAGCCAUCACCCAAACCCAGCACUCCGAGCCCUUCAAGCAGUCUGGGUAGCAGCAGCACCACCAAAAGCAUCAACAACACAGCCCUCAUCUUCGGCUCAGCAGUAGCCACCCUCAGCUCCUUCGGCGCAUACUACAUCACCCGCACCGGCACCACUUUCCCUCUGCACGCACUAUCCACCUGGCUCCCAUCACCAACCUCUCUCAACGGCAGCCGCUCCACCCCCACCUACCUCCAAGGCUUCCUCACCGCCGCCGCCCUCUCCACAGCCCUCACAACCCUCAUCACCACCCGUUCCCUCUCCAACCUCCUCCGCCUCGACUCCGGCUUCACCCGCUACCCCCCACACCUCAAACUCCCCCGCUCCAUCCCGCCCAACCCCCUCCUCCAACGCGGCUGGUUGGAUCCAAUCCACUACCGCACCCUCCCCUUAACCCACAAACACCUCAUUGCCCCCAACGUCUACCGCCUGACCUUCGCCCUGCCAACACCUGACACGGUGCUAGGUCUACCGACAGGUCAGCACCUGUCUAUUCGUGCGGUCCUGCCGCCGGCUACGCCGGGUGGGGAAGCGAGGACGGUGACGAGGUCGUAUACACCUGUGUCGAAUAAUAAGGAUAGGGGGAUGUUGGAGUUAGUUGUGAAGUGUUAUCCUGACGGGUUGUUGACGGGGGGGUAUCUGGCAAGGUUGGAGGUCGGGGAUGAGGUUGCGUUUCGGGGGCCGAAGGGGGCGAUGCGGUAUGAUCAGAAGGGGAAGGAGGUGAAGAAGAUUGGGAUGGUUGCGGGGGGGAGUGGGAUUACGCCGAUGUGGCAGGUGAUUAGGGCGAUUUGUGAGGAUGAGAGGGAUACUACGGAGGUGAGCUUGGUGUAUGCGAAUAGGAGUGAGGGGGAUAUUUUGAUGAGGGGGGAGUUGGAGAGGUAUGCGAGGCGGUAUCCGGGGAAUUUGAAGGUGUUUUAUUUGGUCGAUCGGGAGCCGCCGGCUGGAGAGGAACAUGGGCUGAAGGGGUUGGAGUAUGGGGUCGGGUAUGUGACGAAGGAGGUGUUGAAGCAGAGGUUGCCAGCGCCGGGGGAGGAUGUGCAGGUGAUGGUGUGUGGGCCGCCGGGGAUGGUGGAGGCUGCGAAGAGGGGGUUGGUCGAGUUGGGGUUUGAGAAGCCCGGGGUGUCGGCUAAGAUGGAGGAUCAGGUGUUUUGUUUUUAG